AUGGCGGCAGUGACACACUUCAAGACGGAUCACAUGAAGCAGCUCCUGAACCCGGACUUGUACCGCAAGAUCGAAGCCGAGGUGACGGACCUGGAACCGAUUCUCCAGACCCCCAAUCUGGGCAAAGGCAGUCAAACGGAACGAGAUACGGGAAGCUUCCGACAAGCCAAACGCCAGAAGACUGCCGAAGCCAAGCCCGACCCGACGGAGGACGAGGUCGCCAACGCAGCUCGGCGUUUCCACGCCUGGCUAUCCAAGGAGCAAAGCCCCUUCCGCAGUUUCAUGUUCCUGACCUCCGCGAAGAACACGUUCUACACGGGACAUGUCGCUGAACUUGUGGCUCGCGCCGCGGUUUCGGAGAAACCCAUGCGAGCCGAGGACUUUGUGACAGCGAUGAAGGCUCGCGUGCACAAUCCGGCCGCUCCCACAGGAACAACGACUUCAGCCAGCAGCACGGGAGGUUGGUUCGAGUGA